GCUUUUAAUUACAGAACCUCAAAAAAAUUUCUCUUUCAGGAAGACUUCAAGAAAUCACAAUGUCGACCGACACAGACCUUUCUCUUUCUUCAUAUGAUGAAGGUCAGGGGUCUAAGUUUAUUCGAAAAACUAAGGAGACACCAUUUGUCCCCAUUGGCAUGGCAGGGUUUGCGGCAAUCGUUGCGUACGGGCUAUACAAACUGAAAAACAGGGGAAAUACGAAGAUGUCCAUUCACCUGAUCCAUAUGCGUGUGGCCGCCCAGGGCUUUGUGGUCGGAGCCCUGACUCUUGGUAUGGGCUAUUCCAUGUAUAAGGAAUUCUGGGCCAAGCCUAAGCCUUAGAAGACGAGCUGCUGCCUUGGUCUGGGAAGUGCUUGCUUAGUUAGACGUCUCAUAUUGAGGUUACAUGUUUGUGUCUACAAUAAAUAACAUGGAUUUAGACAACAACACA